UGCGAGGAGGUGGGUGCCAGCCCCGCCGCGGGGGAGACGCGGCUCUGGGCGCUGUGCGCCCGAGCUGCUGCCGCCGCUGCUGCUGCUGGUGGUGGUUACGCCAGCCCCGCCGCCUGCCUCUCUGCCUCUCCUCGCCUCUGAUUCUGCGCACAGCCAGCCCCGAAGCCUGUCAUUCUGCAAAACACAGUUUACUCAACAGAGAGAAGGGGGAGCGGGAGAGGUGGAGAGAAGGGGAGACGGCGCGGAGGAGCCCGGUCCCGCACCCCAGCAUGGCUUCGGGGGACCUCUACGAGGUGGAGAGGAUUGUAGACAAAAGGAAGAACAAGAAGGGCAAAUGGGAAUAUCUCAUCAGAUGGAAAGGCUAUGGAAGCAACGAAGACACCUGGGAACCCGAACAUCAUCUCCUACAUUGUGAGGAAUUUAUUGACGAGUUCAAUGGACUACACGUUACUAGAGAAAAGCGAUCAAGACAUGGGAAACAGGCCAGCACUCCAAAAUUUUUACGGGAAAGCCGAGGGUCAUCUGUUGACAAAAUAUCACAUAGACCUUCUGAAUCUGGGAAGGCUAAAGGGUCAGCACACAAAAGGAAGAGAAUUAAUCCCUCUCUUCAAAAACAGAAAAGAGGAUACGCAGCAAAGCCAGCAGCUGCUAAUGACAGGGCUGCUAAAACUGUAACUUACCGAACUACUCCCAGCGGUUUACAGAUCAUGCCACUGAAAAAGCCACAUAAUGGUCUGCAGAAUGGAGAUGGCAGUCAUGAAAAAGAUUCUAGACAUUUUGGGAAUGGCUCACAACAGCAAAACAUGGAUAUAAAUGAUCAUGAAGGAGAACAAAACUUGCCCAGCGUGUUGGAAGUCAGUAACGAUUCACCUGUUGUGAACGGAAUUGGUUCUUCUCUGGCCAAUGGCAGCUUGAAUCUACACAGCACUGUGAAAAGGAAACUAGAUGGGGAAAAAGAUUAUGUCUUCGAUAAGAGACUGAGAUACAGCGUGCGUCAAAAUGAAAGUAACUGCCGGUUCAGGGACAUUGUAGUCCGGAAAGAAGAUGGUUUCACACAUAUUUUGCUCUCGAGUCAGACUUCAGAUAACAAUGCACUGACCCCAGAGAUCAUGAAGGAAGUUCGGAGAGCAUUGUGCAAUGCAUCAGCUGAUGACAGUAAACUCUUACUUCUCAGCGCAGUGGGAAGUGUAUUCUGUAGUGGCCUAGAUUACUCAUAUUUAAUUGGCAGGUUAUCCAAUGACAGAAGAAAGGAAAGCACUAGGAUUGCAGAAGCUAUAAGGGAUUUUGUAAAAGCUUUUAUUCAGUUUAAGAAGCCAAUUGUGGUUGCUAUCAACGGCCCUGCUCUUGGGUUAGGAGCUUCUAUUUUGCCACUAUGUGAUAUCGUUUGGGCAAGUGAGAAGGCAUGGUUUCAGACACCAUAUGCAACAAUCCGACUCACUCCAGCUGGCUGCUCAUCUUACACAUUCCCACAAAUUCUGGGUGUUGCACUGGCAAACGAAAUGUUGUUCUGUGGGAGAAAGCUGACAGCGCAGGAAGCCUGCAGCAGAGGCCUAGUGUCCCAAGUAUUCUGGCCAACAACGUUUAGCCAAGAAGUGAUGCUGCGGGUGAAGGAAAUGGCGUCCUGCAGUGCAGUGGUAUUGGAAGAGUCCAAGUGUCUCAUGCGGAGCUUCCUGAAAUCCGGCCUUGAAGAUGUGAACGAGAAAGAGUGUCAGAUGUUAAAACAGCUGUGGAGUUCUUCCAAAGGACUGGAUUCGUUAUUCAGCUACUUGCAAGACAAAAUUUACGAAGUCUGAUGUCUUGGCCUAACUUCAACAGAAAACGCUCCAGUUGUGACCAGAGUCAAACGUGUUUGAAAAGCAGAGGCAAUGCAUCAUUGAGGAAUUUGUGACAGUGUACCCUACUGCAUAUGGUUGUGUCGAUUUCCUUGUGAGCUACACAGCUGCUUGUAGCUGGUUUGAUUUCGUGUAACCGAGACGUAGGCAGGCUUGUUCAGUGCACAUAAUCUCUACAGAGGGCUGCAUCUUUCAAACGCUCAUCCCGACAGAAGUAUACAUUCCAUGUGCUGAGAAGCACCCCCGAGGCCCAAUAAGGCACACCAUCGGCGAGGAGGUAUUUUGUCUGUCCUUCUUAACUUAUUCUUGCUGUCGCGACACAUCUGGGCUGACACAGAGGGCUCAAUCUAGGAACCAGGUCAGCGUAACAUUUUGUAGACCCAAACACCAUACUUUUGAAAUGUUUUAAUUAUAUUUUUUUCUAAGUUCUAACAGUGUAAUGGAAAAAUCUGGUAAUUUAUAUGUAUAAUAUGUAAAGUUAGGUUUACAAAAACUACUAGGAUUUUUUUUCUUUGUUGAAUUUAUUUAACUUAUUUAUUUUGUGUUCAUAUUCAGCUGUUUAUUGAUCACGGAUCUCAUUUUCACACUUCCCUUGACUGAAUUAAUGGUAUCACAUGAGAAUGCAAACACAUUUUUAGCAGCAAAGUAUGUAGAAAAAUAAAGAGUAUAUGGAAAACACACAGCAUGCUGUGGGCACUGCAAGAAACAGCCACGGGCGUGCUCCUGUAUGUGUAAAAUUGUACAAAAAUCAUGGAACUGAUUCGUUUGCCAGGGUUAAGAGAAAAAAAAAAAAAAGUGGAUUCUGAAAUAGUGAGUCCCCCCUAAGUCUCUCUUCACUUUCUGCCUUCUCGAGGAGCACUGAAGGGCUUGCCAACAAGAUGCUUCAUUUACGUUUACUAUAUUCCUGUUAGGCGGAUGUCAGUAACAGGGUGAGCGGUGCCGUCCCUUGGCAUCGUACUGUUCUUCAGGUUUAGGCAUCCCUAUUUGGUCUGAAGUCUGAAAACCAAUCCUUAUGAGCCUUAGUCUAGUUGCCUGACUCCUCAGGUGUGAGACAAUUUCUGCUCUGGAGGCCUUUGGGUGUGGGCCAGCAGUGUAUAUACACGGUGCUAGGUAUCGAGCUAAGGGGAGGGAGAGGCUUUGUUUAGCUUCUCCCGGCUCUCCGCAUCUGGCCACCCCACCACCUGGCUACAGCAACUUACGGCUAUCCAUAAAAGCAGUCUGCAAUGAACAACAAAAACCCAACCUGCUUUUUUAGAAAGUGAUCCUAGGACUUCUCAGUGGCACUGACUGACUUGGGAACACUGGAUCCCUCUCCUUUCUUCCUUGCCAGCAAGGCAAUUAACAAGGAACUAACCCGAGCAUGCUCCAUGACUUCAGCUGCCAUUUUAGCACGCCCAAAUUAAAGCCUCUUGAAGCAGAAGCUUUGCACAUUUUUUUGCUCUGUAAUUUCUGCACUUGCUCUCCAUCCUUGCACUCAGUGUGUCGCUUAUGGUUUCUGCUCUGCAAAUGAGGCUGUUAGGUCUCAUCCCUCCUGGUCUUUCCAUUACGAGUUUCAACGAAGCCUUUGAAAAGUUAGCUAACAGGUGAUUACAAGAAGCAGGAGCCUCAACACAUCUUUAUAACAUUUCUUGUUCCACAAAUAAUUAGAAGAGCUGUUUCUAUGGCCUAAUUGUGCCACUGAAUUUUAAGGAAAUCAUUACCCCGAAGGCAGGAGUUCUCAUGGAACUUCUUCAUUAAAAGAUAAAAUCUGCCUUCUAACCAGCCUGUUUAAAUAUUUCCAAGAAAUCCUAUCAAAACAGGUAACACCUUUUGAAGUGUCUGACACAAUGCUCUCCCGAGCACCAUCUGAGGUGACAGACAGCCCACCCGUUCUAUAUCAAUACUCACUUAUUUCCACGAGCUGCCAGCAAUGCCCUGGAACUGCGGCAGCGCUGAGGCACCAGGACGGCACUCCCAGUCGGAGCAGAGGGGUUAUGCAAGGGAAAACCACUCACCUGCACAAGGGUUUGCACAAUCAGGCCUCCAGCAUAUGGCUUCAGAAGUUAAAAAUAAAUAAAAAGCAAUGAAAAUACCAUGAUUCCUCAAUUUCCUUUAUUUCCUUUCUUCCCGUCCAGAGAGCCAUAUCUCCUAGUCAUUGUUAAUAAGAUGGUAGGAAGUUUAUUUCAAUACUAUGCUUGGUUUUUGUAGAUAAAUAUGGGAAAAUUGCUCAGCAAUGUGAAGGUAUGCUUUCUAUGUGAGAUUUUCAAACAAAGAAGAAUCAUAAGUCGUUAGACCUUUAAAGUGCAUCAUUUCAUCUGAUUUUUCAAAUGUCUGUAUCUUAGCAUUUUUUAUGACAAAGGAAUGGUUGAAAUACAUUUUCUAUAAUUAUUUUUCCAUUAAAGCAAGCGUUAACCAUAGUUAACACUUUUAAUUAUUCAUAUCUAUACAGUUACAGUCUAGUUUUCAUGGAAUCUAUUUUCCCUUCAAGAAAAGAAUAAUAAUGUCAAAAGCUUCUUUUCCAGUAUUUAAAAAUCAGAGUCAAUUUUCUCUUGUGUUCCUGUCCUUACUAGGUAUUCAGAUAUUUCAAUGUACUGUACAUAUUAGUCUGGGUACCUUUACUAAUAUUCACAGUAUUUAAGAUUAUAAAUGCAAUUUGUUGUUAAGUAUGUUAUUUUAUUCUUGUGUAAAUUGUUUUGUACAAUCUUUAAAAAUCUACAGUUUUGCAUUUGUAGAUAUUAAAGGUAAGCAAUUUAUUUUGUGUUGUCCUGCAUGUAUAUUUUUGCUGUAGAUAAGUGUUGCUUAGUUUACUAUUUCAGUACAUUUCUGUUUAAAUGAAUAAGCUUACAAACUUUAAUACAGUAUAUAUUUUCAGAAUAUAAACUUUUAUAUUUCUGUGGUAGGUUAGGGUAUGCGUUUUAGGCAAUCUUUUUCACUACUAUUAACUGUUCUUUUAAUCUAUAAUAUAAUGGUUUUGUGCCAAUAGUUUUUUCAUUAGAAUAAAAUGCUCUUUUAAUGUUAGGGAUAAACAGACCAUUUUGUUUGGGGUUUGUUUUGUUUUGUUAUUUUUUUUUUAAUUAUUUUGCCAGCAUUUACAGUUUUAAAUGUAAUUUAUAAAUGUAUUGCAUUUGUGAAUAAGCCUUACCAUUAGGUACAAGAAAUCUUUAAAGCUACAUAAUUCUUAUGUAGUAGUAAGGACUUCCCCAAAUGAUUGCUGUAAGAAAGUUAGCAAAUCAGAGUACAGGGCCUUAAGUUUUUCUUGUGAAAAGGAUAAUACGGGUUGUUUAUUUGAACAACAUAGUUAGACUAGACAGCGUGGGCUUUGUUAUAUAUAAACUGUGCAUUUGUGCUCCCAACCACAGUAGUUUAAUCUCAGGCUUUGUGUGGCUGGGUCUAUAAAAGUCAAAUCUGGCUAAAGCCACCACUCGUUAGGAGACACUAAAGAAGUUUACAUAAGAGACUUAUAGACAAUCUUAAUCAUAGUACAUUUGGGUACUCGCUAUCCUAGAUGUGUUAUCUGUGUCUGCCCAAUUAACCGUAUGUUUUAAGCCAUAUUAAAUCUCUUUACUGCUACUUUAAAUACUACACUGAAAGUCAUUCACUAGCUUGCUUACUCACGGACGGGAUUUCAAUUUUUAGUGAAUAAAAAUAUUAUGCCUUCCAUGAAAACAAAGGACCAAAGAAUUGCAUUAAUCUAACAAAGCAUUAGUUCCUUAGCCAGUGAACUACUUGGACAUUCGUACUGAAGAUCAAAUAGUCUCUUUCUGCUACGAACACUGUAUUCUCAUCUACGUCGAGUGUAAGGGGAAAAGAUGUAUCCACUGACCUAUUGGGAAAGGAGUGACGUUCAGCUAGGAUGGCAUGUCUAUUGGUAAGGCUUAUUACCAAACCUCUGAGAUGAAGCAAAGAACCAAAAAUUCACAAAUUAUGUCAAUGUAAAUUUAUUUUCAGAACUUGCACAAGUAACUAAUUGUAGAACUUUGCAAAUUAGGCCCUUAAGUUAUUUUGUCAGAACGCCAUGGAACAGACUACAACAGUUUCUAAUAUUUGUAAUGACAAGUACAUAUUAUAAUAUUAUAAGGGUACAGGCACCCCUAUAUCACAGUGUUGUAAAUAUUUUCUGAAACUGGUACAGUACUGAGGGACUUGUAUCUUCUGAUAUAUCAAAUAUUGACUGUCUAGAUCAAAUUGUACACAAUUUAUUUGUUGAUGGUCCUGUAACUAGUGUAUGGACACAUUUCUGGGUGCCUUAGAAGUUGUAUUUUUCAUGUGUGUUAAUAUGCAGUAUUUAUACAUUGUGAGAAGCUGCUUUGAAUAAAAACAUUGAAACUUCA